GCGCAUGCGCUCGGCGCCCGGCGUUCUAACGGACGUCGUCUCUGUCCGCCGUUGGGGGAGACGUUGCGUGGCCGCGCGCCGGUUACCUCAGCUCCUCCGAUGGCCGACGGGUCUGACGAGAAGGAGUCCCUGAGGGGAGGCGUCGAGCGAAGAGAGGAGCUGGUCGUGACCUCGCGGGGCAGCGCGUCCUCCGUGAAGCUGGCCGAGGAGGAGGAGGAGGAGCCCAUGAAGGUGGAGGUGGCCGUGGGGGACGACGGCUGCUCCGAGGACCUCAGCGCCGAGGAGGUGGAGCUGGACCCCGCCCUCCUCGGCCCCGCGGACAACGAGGAGAAAUGCCGGACGAUCCGCAAGCAGUACCGGCAGCUCAUCUACAGCGUCCAGCAGCACCGCGACGACAUCGUCAACACGGCGAGCGACACCCUGACGGAAGCCCUCGAGGAGGCCAACGCCCUGUUCGACGGCGUGAGCCGCACGCGGGAGGCCGCCCUCGACGCCCAGUUCCUGGUGUUGGCCUCCGAUCUGGGCAAGGAGAAGGCCAAGCAGCUCAACUGCGACGUGAGCUUCUUCAACCAGGUCGCCUUCUGUGACUUCCUGUUCCUCUUCGUGGGCCUCAACUGGAUGGAAGAUGGCGAGCCCGGGGACCUGGGCGGCUACGACGAGCACGUGGCGCGCUCCUUCUGGGCGGCGCUGCAGCGGGAGGCCGCCUCCUGCACGCUGCAGGCCGAGCCGUUCCGCUUCCUCUUUGGCUCGUUCAAGACGGAGCGGGCGGCCCCCAGGCCCCGACUGGAGCCCCAGAGGCGGGUUCGCAAGAUGGAGGAACGGGGGGACAUGCCGACGAAGCUCAGGAAGCUGGACCUGAGCAGCAACCAAGAAGCCACCGAGAAGGAAGUGGAGAGAAUCCUGGGGUUGUUGCAGAUGUACUUUCAGAAGUACCCGGACACGCCCGUGUCGUAUUUUGAGUUUGUGAUUGAUCCCAAAUCUUUCUCGCGUACUGUGGAGAACAUCUUUUACGUGUCGUUCAUCAUCAGGGAUGGCUUUGCGAGGAUACGGCUGGACCAGGACAGGCUGCCCAUCCUGGAGCCCACCAGCACCAGCCAGAUGGGCGAAGGGAAUGACCUCGGCUACCUGGGCAGGAAGCAAGGGGUUAUAUCUUUGAGUUUGCAGGACUGGAAGAAUAUUGUGGCCACUUUUGAAAUUUCGGAGGCCAUGAUCACAAACUCCUACUGAAGAUGUUGCUCGUCGUGUAGGAUGUGUUCUGUGGUUUUUCUAAAGGAACGCCAGGCGAAGAGUAAAAUCCCCGCAGCAGCAUCGGUUGUCUCUCUUGUCAAGUGAAAAAGUAGUGUCAGCGACUUCAGGAAUUGUGCCAGUGUAUUUCUUGCUGCUUUAUAAAGUUGUCAUGGUCUUCUGAUAUUAAAAAAAAUUCACCAGUGUUAAUUGGGAAAUUUUUUGUCUGCCCUUGAAGACCAUGUAAAUAAAAAUCAGUUCUGAAUUUAAGUUAAAAGGUAUUUGAUAAUGCUCAAAACACGUGGUCUGUUGCAUUGUUUCCUAUCCCAGGGAACCAAGGGGAGUCCAUCUAGGACUCCUAAACAUGUUGGGGGAGAAUGGGUUAAAAAAAAACAGUCAGGCUAUCCUUAGGGUAGUGAAUAUUCAGUAUUGUUACAAAAAAAACCCUGUUGCAGUGCGAACUCGGUAAGAUGGUUGAGUGGAUAGCCAUAUUCUGAGCAACCCCUCUGGACUCAACAAAAGCAGGUAGAGUAUCUCCACCGCAGUAGGUGAGGCAGCAGCUAAGUGCUGCCAGGUGAGUAGGAAGUGACCAUUGGUAGGAAGUGGCCAUAGGCAUUCUUGGCCGGGCAGCAUGGGGCCACACACCUGAACUUAUGAAAAGUUCACUGCAGCAAAGAACAUUUACUGGGAAACUGUCACAUUUGAAUGUUAAACCUGGCAAGAGUUGAAGUACCUUGUAUUUAGCUGUGGAAGAUAUUUUUUUCAGGUAAUUUCAAACAACAUUAUCUGUUUACUACCUGUAUUUACUUGGUUGCUUUCUUCCAGGACUUCUGGUUUUCCUUGGUAGGUUUUGCUAGUACAGUGUGUCCUUCAGGAUCAGUGAUGCUCAUUAUUUAACAGCCUCAGGUAUUGUCAGCUUAAUCUUGCAUUUCUUAGCAAGGCUUUUUUUAUAAGUGCUGGAAACGGUACCCUUUUAAAAUGAAACAUGAUUUAUCCAAAUAUUCUUCACUAUAAAGCCAUGCACCUUUUUUUUCUUUCCUUUGUUGCUUGUGAUUGUUUUAAGUAUAAAGUACAACUUUAUUUGGAGGUUACUUUUGAAAAUUUGGAUCAUUAAAAUGAUCUUUGAAGGUGCAGUGAGCAUGCUUGUAAGCUGCCUUUCUUAAUCCCCCUAGGGACUAAAUCCUUGGUUGUGGUGGGAUCUUGCUGGUGAGCAUGAUUUGACAGAUGGCUCUGUUCUACAUGGGAACAACAACACACUCUCCUCCUAAAUCUAGUGUGGUACAGGGAAGGGAACCCAAAUACUAAAUGACAUCAAGAUUGAGAGGAAACAUCUAACAUAUUUGUGGGGAAAGUUCUUUACCAGGUUUUUCACAAAAAUAGGAAUUUCUCAUGAAAUUUGACCAAUUACUGUCUAGUCACUCCUUUCCCUUAUGUGAAAAAAUGCUCACCCUUACCGACAUGUCUGUGCUUUGACUUAGCAGUCAUAGAAAUGUCAUUUGAUCUUGCUGAUAUGCUCUACCAAGUCCAUUGGGUGUUCUAGAGAUUGGCUUUUUGAGGACACCCUUUUAAAAAAAUAAUUACCCAGCAGGUUUUUUUUUAAAGAUUUUAUUUAUGCAUACAAGAACUGGGGUGUAGGCCAGAGGUGGGGGUGUGUGUGAAAGGAUUUACCAGAGACAGUGUGGGGAGCAGAACAGGAGGACCUACUGUUGUGAAAUCCACUGCUGAGGGGAGCAGCGGGCAAGCAGGAGUGGUCUGCUGCGCCAUGUAGGUUAGCUUCCUGGCUGGGGAUGGAAAUCAUGCCAUAGUGGCUGGUGUGGUGUCAUUUUUUUUUUUUUAGAUUUAUUUAUGCAUACAAGAACUGGGGUACAGGCCAGAGUUUUGGGGGGGGUUGAGAGGACUCACCAGAGACAGAGCGGGGAAUAGAACAGGCAGAUCGACCGAAAUACACUCUUGAAGGGAGCAGCGGGCGAGUCAGGAGAGGUCUGCUGUGCCAUGUGAGUCACCUCCCUGGCCGGGGAUCGAACUUGUGCUGUAGUGGCUGUGGUGAGUUUCACAGGUUGUGUCUUAACACCUUGAGCUACCAGGGAGGCCCCUGGUGAUGUCUUGAUACUGCUGAGACUUUAACCUCCGCCCCACUAGGGAGACUGAAGAGACACUCUUAAUAACAAAACCCACCAAAUUGCUCUAGCAUAUGCCAAGUGUCCUUAGUUGGGAGCAUUUAAAACAGUGGUAACUAAAAGCAUUAAUGGGGAAUGUGGACGUUGGAGGGGAGGUAGUGUUUUGGUUGUAGCUGUUAAGGCAAGCACUUGUUUCUAUUUUUGCUGGUGGUCAUGACACCUGGGUCACCUCAUCACUUUGAAAGUAAAGCAGCUGCUGACCUGGAAGAAAACAGUUGACCAUAAUAGAUAAUUUGCUUUGAGGGACUAGGUAUGAACCAAACUGCAGAUCUGUUUCCCACUAAUGUUAGGAUGACUGAAAUUGCACAAGUAAAGUAAAAUCAGCUGAACUUUAGGAGACCUACAGAAAUUUAUUAAAACUAGAAUCUUUUUAUAUAAUAGAACCACUUUAUGAUCAAAAAGAUACGGGUUUAGAUCUGACUCACAUUUUAGUCCAAGAUACUUGGGUAAAUUACUGACCCUCUGGUUUUUGAGUUGCUAGGUGGCAGUAGUACCUCUUAAAUUUACUAUAAGGAUAAACUUUGAAGACAUAUGGGACAAGUUCUUUGAGAAAUGAAUUUCCGAGUAUGGUAUGGUGAGAAAAAGCAGAAGAUCUUGAAUCAUUCAGACCUGGACUGAAUUCUAGACUCAUGGGCAAGUCUGUUAACACUCUAAGGAGCUUUACGUUGUCCCUUAUGAGGUGGGAAUGAUAACUGCCUGGAAGACUAUUAUGAGGAUUAAAUACAGUGAUAACAUGAAAAAAUCUAGAACAGACUGUGGGCACUUACUGUGGCAGACUCCUGUUAGUGCCCUAAUCUCUAGAUUUGGAUCAAAGUCCAUGCUGUCACCUUCCAUGGUGACAUCUGUGUCAGGGUUCAUUCACUUUACAUAAAAUGACUAACUCAUAUGCUUGCUUUUGCUCUGGGGAAUCCACUGGAGUUGGCACUCAGCAACCAUUUUUAGUGCCCACUGCUUUAGGCACUUGAGAGGCCCUGCUCCAGGCACUUGGGAAGAGAAGUGAUCACGAAUUGCUCAUCUCUCAUGGAAUUUAUCUGAGUGGGCAUAUUAUCCUUCAGUUCAGGAGGCUGGAAGUCUGAAGUUGGUUUCUCUGGGCAAAAUCAAAGGGUCAGCGGGACUGGCUCUUGCUGAGUAUGAGGGGAGGAUCUAUUUUCUUGCCUUAGCUUUGGUAGGCCACCUGCAUUCUUUGAUUCACAGUUCCCUCCUCCAUUUUCAAGUAAAAGAUACUGUCUUUUACUGCAGUGUCUCUCUUGCGCUUCCCUCUUGUAAGGAUGCUUGUGAGCACAUCGGACCCUUUGGCAUAGCUUUGGGAAGUCUUCCCACCCCUAAUCCUUAAACUACAUCUCCCUUUUAUGUAAGAUGAUGAAUUUGCACUUUCUAGGGAUUUGGAUUUCCACAUUGAUAGUGACGGCUUUGAAGAACAACUGGUUGGAUAGCGGUUGAGGUGGUACUGUCAGGGCUAUAAGAAAACGUUCCUGGGAGAGGUGGCUUGAAUGGAAUCUGUUUGCCUGAACACUACUUUAUAUGGCUUUAGAUGGUUUAGGUGCUCAGUUGUUAAGAUGUAGAUAAUCAUGGACAGUCAGCUUCCUUGAUUCUCUCUGCUUCCUUGAGCAGGUAGGUGACUCUCUGAUUUGCACCCACCUUUGAUAUUACUAUUUGGUGUCUUUCGCCUAGCAACAUCUAUCAUCAAUGACUCAGUUUCCCUAGGAGUUGGCAAAUUAUUUUCUGCAGAAAUCCACAUAGUAAAUAUUUUAAGCAUGUGGGCCAUAUGGCCUUGGUUCAAACUUAUCAACUGUGCUGUUGUUUCAAAAACAACAAUGUUGAGACAAAUGAGCAUGACUAUAACUCUCUGGAUACUGAAACUUGAAUUUCAUAUAAUUUUUAAAUAUCAAGUAUUGCUCUUGAUAUUUCGCCCCCCCCAACCCCCCUAUUUAAAAAAAUCUAAGUAUCCUUAGCUUAGGGAUGGUAUAAAAAAAAAAAACAAACCAACCAAAAGCCAGAUCCACUGGACAUAGUCCCUAGGCUAUAGCGCCAACUUAUGUCAUAGGCUUUUUUUUUUUCUCAUGGAUGAGAAAAGUGAAGCCCAGGUUCUCAGUGUACAUACAUAACAGAGUUGGAACUAGCCUGCCAUCCAUGUCUUACUCACAAAAUAUUUUUGAGCACAUGCAUGGAAAGUUAGCAUUGGGGAUGCAGAGAUGAAAGGCAAGGUCCUGGUCACUGCAGAGUUGCUGGGAUUGUGUGAUGGCACCAGUGGGGUCUCAGAGUGUUCAGCUCACUCUCUGGUCACUGAAGAUUUGCAGCUAAAGAAGGACAUGAAGGGGCUUCAGGGUGGAACAGCUUGUGCUGUGUUCCUACAAAAUGUGUUAGUGGGAACUGUAGGAAAGAAAAGGAGAAGGUUGUUGGGGAACUCUGGAAAGACUUCGUAGAAAAGAAGACGUUAUGUUCAGGUCCUAGAAUGUUGAUUAAAAAAAAGUCCCCUAACCCUUAAAGGAAUGCUUUAGAAAGGGUGAUGUGUUUGUGUACAUAAAGAUAACAUAAGUCCAGUCUGCCUCUCCUCAGUAAUAAAAAAUACUUUAAAUUUUCAGGUUUA